AUGGUUUUUGAGAAAGAAUUGACAGAGAAAUCGGAACCUGAAGAUUUGAAGGCAGAGAAGAAACAGCCACGAAGAUUCAUUCACUUUUCAAAUGGAGACAUCAUGGAGGAAUAUAGUACUGAAGAAGAGAGUGAAGAGGAGCAGCAAGUGUCAGAGAAAGUCAAUCCUUCCACACUCCCCUGGAACCAUUUCCUGGUGUUUUGGGUGAUGAAGUUUGCAAGGAUAUCAUUAUUCACCUGUGACUUACUUGGAGAGAAACUGGCCAAUCUGUUUGGAUUGACAUCAGCCAAGUACCAAUAUGCAGUAGAUGAAUACUACAGUGUUCAAGACCAGGAAGGAUAUGAAGAUGGAGAUGAAAUGACAAUUGUGGAGGAUGGGAAAAUGAAUGAGAGACAGCAUCUUCCGCUCCAGAAUUUUCAAUAUGGUACUUUAGACACGAUGGAGCGAUCAGGAAUUGCAAGCAGUGAUGACUGCAAACACACCGUAUGUUAUGAAAAUGAAGCAAUGGAAGAUAAUGCAGAUAUUAAUGAUCAGAUAAAGAUGGACAACAACUAA